AUGAGCAAUCUCAAACCAUACUAUGGUUAUGGCGAACCAGUUUCAAUCACAGUUUUGAUCCGAGAUGAAUCAACAGGUACAGUCAAUGUUAAGUUCGGAGAAACAAUUGUUCAUUCUGAAAGAUACACAUCAUCUCAAGGUACAGCCAAACCAACAUUAACAUUCACUUUCAAUAACACAUUCCGUGAUGAACAAAUGGUUAAAGUUCAAGUUUUAGAUGAGUUCCAGAGACCAUCCGAAAUCUUAAUCGGAUCGUUCAUGAUUAAGAACAAACCAUACCUUACAAGCGUCAAAAUAACACCAGAAAAAGUAUUAGAAUCAGAAUCGCUUAGCAUCGAAGGUAUUUUCAAUUAUCCAGAUAAAAACAAGAAAGUCAACAUGAAGGCUAAACUCAAUAAUAAAGUUGUAUACGAUCCAAUCCUUAAUGUACAACUUUCAACAGGUGAAGAAAACCAGAAAUACCAGAAAUGGUCAUUGCCAUUAUCUCAAUUCCAAGGAUUAGCACCAGGAACAAAUUAUAAUAUGGACUUUUGGCUUGUUACCGAAGACUAUGUCCAAACUACAGAUGAUUAUAGUGAAGCAACAGAUAUUCUGAAUAGAUCUACUUCAAACAAGGUUCAAGGAUCAUUCAGAAUUUCAUUCGCUCCAGAAUUAUCAAUCAAUGAAAAUACUGUAAUGAAAUACUACAAUAGCGAAGCAAAUAGUUUCCCGGUUUCAGGAUCAGUUAAAGGUGAUGGCAGUGUUAAGAUUUAUGCAAUUUAUAAUGGCCAAGAAAGCGAAAUCGGAACAGUAGAAGCAGUCCAAAACGGUAAAACAUUUGGUCCAUUGACAUUUACAUUCUCCAGUGAUAAGACAUACGGCGAGAAGCUUGUUAUGUUCCGUGCUGUUGAUGCUAGCUCAAAGAAUAGUUCAGAUGUUUCUAUGAAAUUCUAUAUCAAGAACAAACCAACAUUAUCCGAUGUAUCUGUUAACCCGAACCCAGCAGAAUUAGGUUCUAAGGUAACUAUCGAAGGCACAGUUACAGAUGUUGAUGCAAGGAAACAGGUCUAUGUCCACAUCAAGUAUGGAACAAACAGUGUUACAACUAUUCCAAAUAUUGUUUCAGGACAGAAGUUUAGCACUCAGAUCCGUGUCAACACUCUUGGAGUGGAAACAUUCAAUAUCUUCGCAUCUGAUAACAGCGAUCCUAAUUCUACACCUGUAUCUGAAUACGAUCAAUCUGGAGUAGAACAAAAGAAGAUCAAUGUAACAUCAAAACCAAUCCUUUACGUAUCAAAUCCAUCAGGAUCCAACAUAUUCCAUCGUAUUGAUCGCCCAUUAGUUCUCAAAGUCAGAAUGUCAGAUGAUGACACAGUUACAGUUAAAUACACAUUGAACGGAACACCAUUGGAUAGCAUUUCAAAGACUGUCUCCUUAAACGGUAGGACAGUUGAAGAAAACGUCCAAAUUCCAAUCACUGAUUUGAAAUAUUCAACUAAGUACACAGUCAAAGUUAUGCUCACUGAUAGCUAUGGAUUCGAAUCAGAAUAUGUUCAUUCAUAUGAUUUCUACAUCAAGACCAAGCCAACAUUAUCUGAUGUAACAAAUCACAAUAAGAUCCUUCUUGGAGGCGAGAAGAUAAAUGUUACAGGUAUUGUUAAUUGCGAAGAUGUAGGAAGGAAACUAUACGUCCAUGUUAGAUAUGGUCAAAACAUUUAUGUCACAAAUAGCAACGUCGAAAUCGGAAAACAAUUCUCAUGCGAAAUUCCUGCAGGAGAAGUCGGAGAAAUGAAAUUCUAUGUUUUCGCAUCAGAUAAUUCUGAUCCACAAUUUGAUCCACUCACUCCAAUGGACAAAUCAGAUACCAUAGAAUUAUCUUCCAAAGUUACAUAUAGACCUUCAAUUAUCUUUAACCCGCCAGAAUACCCAGAUCACGUAUUUAACUCAAAGAGACGUUUAUACCUUUCUCUGGAGGUCUUUACUGAUGCAGAUUUCGUUGUUAACUAUAUGCUCAAUGGUACAAAUCUUACAUAUCUUUCAAGGUAUGUAAAACGAAAUACAUGGAAUGAUAGAACAUAUAUUUAUCUUGAUGAAGUUCAACAAAGUAACAUACCAACAGCAUACACUAAUGAAAUCAGAAUUAAUGUUGUUGAUAUUAAUGGAUAUCAAUCAACCAACACAGCAUUUUAUUCAUUCGUUAUUAAGAACAAACCAGUACUUACCAAUGUCACAUGUUCACCAAAUCCAGUAAUUCUUGGUGGAGAUGUAACUAUCAAAGGUAUUGUUGAAGAUCCAGAUAACAAUGAGAACCUUUACGUUCAUGUCAGUAAUCAUAAUGACGCAACAAUUCCUGUCAAGCCAUCUCAACAAUUCACAACAAAGAUCACUGCUAACAAGCGCGGAAAGAUGGUUUUCAGCGUAGUUGUUAAUGAAUUCAGUGAUCCAAACCAGGAUACAGAUAAUGAAUACAUGAAAUCUGAUGUUGUUACUUUUGAAGUCAAUGUUACAUCCAAACCAGAACUCAGUGUCAAAUAUCCAGAAGGUUCCAACUACUUCAAUAAAAACGAUAAACCAUUAGUUGUUGAAGUAACAGCAACAGAUGACAGAGAAGCUACUCUUAAGUUUAUCCUUAACGACAGAGAAUUAACCAGUAUUGAAAAGACAAUUAACUUCAAUGAAGAGGAAAUAGUUGAAAGAUUUACAAUUCCAUUCACAUUCGUAUCAUAUGGAACCAAGAAUACACUCAGUGUUAAACUUGUUGAUAGCUAUGGCGUAGAAGCCGAUCCUGUUCCUUCAUACGAAUUUUACAUUAAGAACAAACCAAUUCUUCGCAGUGUUCAAAUCAGCCCGAAGAAUGUCCUUCUAAACCAGGACGUUACUUUAACAGGAUAUAUUGCUGAUAUGGAUGAUAACAAGCCACUUUAUGUUCACAUUCAGUUUUCAAAUGGCAAAUUCCAAACAAUUCAUAAUCUUUAUAGAAACGCACCAUUCAGCGAAAAAAUUACAGCUAGCCAACUUGGCCAAAUGGACAUGACAAUCUUUGCAUCAGAUAAUGCAGAUCCAACAGCUGAAGAUCAAACAGGAUUUGAUUUCUCAGCUCAGUUUCAAGAAUCAUUCAGAGUUACAUCAAAGCCAACAUUAUCCGUUCAGAAUCCAUCAGGUGACAAUUCAUUCAACAAAGAUCAUCCACUCACAUUCAGAUGCACAGUAUCAGAUGAUACAACAGCAACACUUCAAGUUUAUUUGGGCUCAUUCCCAUUAAACAAUCUCUUCAGAACAAAUAACUUCAACGGAAACUCUCAGACAUACGAUAUCACUGUUCCAAUUAACAAUUUGAAUUAUGCUGUUAAAUAUAAAGUUUACAUCAAAGUUGUUGAUGAAUUUGGCUUUGUUUCCGAAACAAUUCACGAAUUCCCAUUCACAAUCAAGAACAAACCAGAAAUCACAUCAAUUAACUUUGCUGUUCCAUUUGUCAAUGCCGUAUACAGUGCUAAAGUAUCAGGUGUUGUCAAUGACUUAGAUAAGCGCAAACUCUUGCACUUAUACAUUGUCGACAAUGACAAGUCAGAAUAUGUUGGCACAGUCUCAUCAAAUGGUGGCAAUCGCAACUUCGAGUUCGAUGUUCCAAUUGAUGCAGCUACUGCAGCUUCUACAAAGAGCUACAACUUCGUCUUCUCAGAUUUAAAGCCUCUCGAUUCAUCUGCAUCCGAGUACUCUAAAUCAAAGCAGAAGUCCGCAAACGUCAUUGUUACAUUCGCACCACAGUUAACAUACACACUUCCAAAGACAGAGUUCUUUGAGUCAGGAAAGACAAUGGAAAUCUCUGGUACAAUCACAGCUGAUAAGUUCGUCACAAUGAAGUACAAGGUUGACGAAGAUGAUUUAGCUGCAAGAGAUGAUAUCGCAAUGAGAAAUAAGGAUCAGACAUUCGAAAAGGCCGUUCCAAUCCCAACUAAGUGCAAGAAGGGAAUCCACGACUUGUAUGUCACAAUCAUCGACUCAAAUGAUCAGAUGACAACAGUCAAGGAAACAUUCAUGAUCAAGAACAAACCAGUUCUUUCUAAUGUCCAGAUCUCAAAGAGCCAGUACACUAAGUUAGAGGUCAUCACAGUUUCAGGCAAGGUAUUAGAUCGUGAUCUUGGUGAUGAUCUUAACUUCUAUGUCCAGUUCGGAGAUGCCAAAGAAGUUUUGGCAGCAACAAUGAAAUCUUCCGGCGAAGAAGAAGAUUUCACAUUCGAUGUCAGAGUUCCAGCUGAAGUCGAAUACGGUAACACAUCAAUCAAAGUUCAUGUCACAGAUGUUGACAUGUUUUCAUCAGAAAAUAGGUUAAUGAAGUUCGAAGUUGUCGUUCCAGCAAGAACACCAGCUCCAACACAAGGAAUUGACAACAACCAAGAAAACCAGGAUGGAAGCAAGGGAGGAUCAUCAUCAUCUUCCUCUAAGUCUAGCCACAAGGCAUUCAUCGCAGCAGUCGGUGUCGCUUGCUUCAUCCUUCUCUGCUUAUUCCUCCUCUUCAUCGUCUACAGAGUCAAAGUCAGCAGAAUGAAGAAUUCUCAGGAAACACCAGAUAACGAGGAAACAGUUAUCUCUACAGCUGGUGGCCAAACAACAAUGGAUAAUCCAACAUCCACAAGAAGCAAGAACAAGGAAAUCUCAGAUGAUGAUGAAGAAAUUAACGAACAAAACAUCGUUAUGGUUUAA